CUCGCCUCUGUUGCGGUGGACACAUGGGGAAGCAAAUGGACUGGUGAGAUUCUGAUUGCCUCUCGGUGACUGGAGACUCUUGAAAGAACACAAGAGAUGAACACAACUGAGAAGUUUUACCUUCCCGUUGAUGGCAUUCUCGAAAUGUUGAACUCUCUCACCGGGCAUCACCAAUCAAGCAUUGCGCACCCAGGUCUUCAGAGCACUUCACUCAGUCCAGUGCUCCAGCACCCCAAAGUCUCAAACAUACCGAAGACAGGCAUGGGGCUCGUCAAAACGGUUAAGGGGUGCUGGAGACAGCAGGAUACGAGAAUAGUUGCGAGUAGAUCCUCGAGUUCUGGCAGUCGGCAAGUGUCAGCUGAUCGACUCCCGAAAAGGUCCGUGGACCUGUUGGAUUUGGGUUUGACCAAGCCCAGAAACUGCCAUAGAAUAGUUGUGCUUGGUGCGCCCAGAGUAGGUAAAACAAACAUCCUUCAGCGGUUCUUGGGCAAAGACUUUGAGGAGAGCUAUGAGCCCACAACCGAAGACUUCCACAGAAAGCUGUUCCACAUAGGCGGGGAGGCAUACCAGGUCGAUCUUCUGGAUGCAGCAAGUGAGAGGGACUUCCCUGCAAAACGCAGAUUAUCCAUCCUUACAGGUGACAUUUUUCUGCUCGUCUUCAGUUUGGAUGACAUGGAAUCUCUGAAUGAAGCCUGUGAGCUCCUCGACGAGAUCAAAGCUGCUAAGGCAAAGCUGCUGAAAUUAAAACAGCCAGCAAGAGUGCCGGUUGUUGUAUGCGGCAAUAAAGCGGACUUGGACUCGGAGAGAGUGGUGAGACGCUCAGACGUGGGAAAAAUCCUCGACGAGGAUAUCCCACUCUUCGAAACCUCUGCUAAAACCGGCACCGGGCUGGACGCGAUGUUCAGAGCCCUUGCCUCUCUGGGUGGACUACCUCAAGAGACCAGUCCGUCGCGACAUCAGGUCAUACCCAUCCUCACCUACCGGUCGCUGUACGUCGGCCAGCGAGGCAGGAGAGGGAGCCGUACGCGGUUACUCUCCGCGCCCUGUGCCGCCGUGGACCCUCUAGCGCGCCGCCCGAGCUUUAACAGCGACCUGCGGCUCGUGCUUGGAUCAAGCACGAAACACAACAAACCCGAGAAGUGUCAGAUUCAAUGA